GGCUCCUCCUUCGGCCGCCGCAUGCUGCUGUUCGACGCGCUCGAGGGCAGAUUUCGCGACAUCAAGCUGCGGCCGAAGAGAGCCGACUGUGCCGUGUGUGGUGACGAUCCCUCCGUCACCUGCCUGCAGGAUUACGAGGCCUUUUGUGGUUCUUCUGCCACCGACAAGUGCAGGACUUUGCAGCUGCUGCCCGGCGCGGACAGGAUCUCCGUGGAGCAGUACAAAGCGCUGCUGGACGAGCGGGUGCCCCACGUGCUGCUGGACGUGCGGCCGCAGGUGGAGGUGGAUAUCUGUCGCCUGGGACACGCCGUCCACAUCCCCCUCAGCAGGCUGGAGGAUAGGGAUGAAGAGUCCCUGCAGCGUUUAGAGAAGAGAAUUUGUGAAGAAAAGCAGAGAACUAGCAACCAAACAUCUCUUCCUGUAUAUGUUGUUUGCAAGUUAGGAAAUGAUUCCCAGAAGGCUGUAAAAAUCCUGCAGGAGUUGCCUGCCAUAGAGUGUGGUUCUGUGGUAGCUAAGGAUAUCAAGGGAGGGCUCAUGGCUUGGGCCACUAAAAUUGACCCAACCUUUCCUCAGUAUUAG